CUAUUGUCUUUUGGGAAGCCCGCGAAAUCCCCCGCCGCUAGCUUUUCUCUUCGACGGGAGUCGCGAGAUUCUUGUGCGUCGCCUUCGCCUCACUUCGUUCGAUAAUCUCUUUCACAGCUCCGUCUCGACCGACCAAAUCUUCACGAAUCCCGGAAGAUGGCCAGGAAAAAGUUGUGCUUCAACAAUUUGUUUUAGUGCAUGCUUGACACUGAUGCCACUGCUCCUUUGAACCAGAACCAGUCUGAUAUUUGUACACAUAAAGACCCUCCAUCUUAAGAUUCCUCACAAAAGGUCUAGUAUGCUCUGAACCUUCUGUUAUAGUUCAAUCAAAGAAAUUUCUACUUGCAAGUAUACUGUCACAGGACAGUGCCCACUGCCAUCGAAGCAUCCGAUGCUUCAACAAGAAAGGGCAAUGUAGCACGCCAUCAACUGCAAUUGAUACAGGCACAAACAUGGUAGCUUCUUCGUUCAUGAUAGCUAAUGUAACAUGUUGUCAGUGCCAACCCUCAGAAAGCUCCGCUUGAAAUGGUAGCAAAUCUUAUCCUACCCAAAUUUGAUUGACUGCUCAGUUCAUGUUGGUUACGCUGCCGCUUCUGCAUCAACCUUCAUGUCGGUGUGAUCAUGGCGAUACGGAAGCCGGCGUGGUUGGAAGCGCUUGACGCCCAGAAGUUCUUCGUCGGCUGCUGCCUCCACGAGAACGCCAAGAAGAACGAGAAGAACAUCUGCUGCCUCGACUGCUGCACCAGCAUCUGCCCGCACUGCGUGUCGUCGCACCGCCGCCACCGGCUGCUGCAGGUGCGGCGGUACGUGUACCACGACGUGGUGCGGCUGGAAGACCUGGAGAAGCUCAUCGACUGCUCCAGUGUUCAGUCGUAUACGAUCAACAGCUCCAAGGUGGUGUUUCUGAAGAAGAGGCCUCAGAGCAGGCAGUUCAAAGGGUCAGGGAACAUCUGCACUUCAUGUGAUAGGAGCCUUCAGGAACCCUUCAUUCAUUGUUCUCUGGGUUGUAAGGUGGAGUAUGUGCUGAGGCAGAAGCAGGAUCUGUCUCCUUACCUGAGAAGAUGCAAGACUCUUCAGCUGAGCCCAGACUACAUCAUUCCUCAUGAUGUGGAUGAAGAGACCACUCACUCCACCAUCGUGGAAGGUGAUGAGCACACUGCGUCAUCAGACUCUGAGAGGUUGAGCUUGCCAUGCACUCGCUUCCAGAUCAUGAACAGGAAGGCUAGCUGGCCUUGCAUCUCUGCAACAUCACCCGCGGCUGCCUCUGAUGUGCACGCCAGCAGAAACAUGAGCAGGAGAAAAGGUGUUCCUCACAGAUCUCCUCUGUGCUGAGAGAUGGUGAUUCCAGCGGUUCAGCCAAUAAGUCCAUACUUGUCUCCUUCCUUCCUUCUAAUCAGUGGCCAUCAUGUGGUUCCCAAUUACAAUAUCUCAGUGUUGAACUAAUCCAUUGAACACACAGGUUUGUAGUUGGACAGGUCUUGUUGGCAAUGGGGUUCAAUUAGCUCCAUUGUGGUUCAACCAAACAAAGACUUUGGAUUAGUUUGGCAAAGACUUCGAUUGUAUUGGCUCUGUGGUGGUUGGAUUAGUGUGGGCAAGAAGAGGCAUAU